AUGGGACCUGUCAGGGAGCUGUGUAGUGCGGACACCAUGCACAUGCUGGAGAAGUGCAAGCAGCAGGCGAGCGACACCAUAGAGCAGGAGUCCGAGCAUCUGUACGGACUGAGCCAGGACAUAUGGAGGGAGCCCGAGCUGGCCUAUAAGGAGCACAGCGCUCACCGGCUCCUCACCCGCUUCUUCUCCAGCAGAGCAUGGCAGGUGCAGGAACAUUACCAGCUGGACACGGCCUUCCGGGCACACUGGAGCUCCGCGCCUUCUGCCUGCCUGCAUGUGGCAUUCCUGUGUGAGUAUGACGCCCUGCCCGAGCUGGGCCAUGCCUGUGGGCACAAUCUCAUCGCUGAAGUCGGGGCAGCUGCUGCGCUGGGGCUCAGGGCUGCUGUGGAGAGUGUGGCACCCACGGUCCAGGUCAAGAUUACAGUAUUGGGAACUCCAGCGGAGGAAGAAGGUGGAGGUAAAAUUGACCUUAUAAAGGCUGGUGCCUUUUGAAGAUAUAGAUAUAGUGUUCAUGGCACACCCUGCCCAGGAUGAUGCAGCCUAUCUGCCUGAUGUUGCCGUACAUGAUGUGACUGUGAAAUAUUAUGGAAAAGCUUCUCAUGCUGCUGCAUACCCAUGGGAAGGAAUUAAUGCUUUAGAUGCUGCUAUUCUUGCAUACAACAAUCUGUCUGUCUUAAGACAGCAAAUGAAACCAACCUGGAGAGUUCACGGAAUAAUAAAACAUGGUGGUGUGAAACCAAACAUCAUUCCAUCAUACACUGAGCUAGAAUUUUAUUUGCGUGCCCCAUCACGCAAAGACCUUGCUGAUUUAGAAGAGAAGGCCAACGCUUGUUUUAAAGCUGCAGCUGCUUCAACUGGAUGUACGGUGGAGCUAUGCCCAUAUGGUAAUGAUUAUUACAACGUGCUUCCAAAUAAGACUCUGGCAAAAGCUUAUAUGGAGAAUGGCAAAAAAUUGGGAAUGCAAUUUACAACAGAUGA